AUGUUUGUAUUUUCUGCAAGUUAUGAAGGAAAUACAAAUGAAACUGAUGUUAAUCCUGUAACUGUUAUUAACGAUUUAUACCAGCAACAUCUAAGAUACAAAACUGAACCAAGAUACACAGCUACUCAAAACAAAGAACUAAAAUUUAGUUGUGUUCUUAGAUUUGAUGAUCAAAAAUGGAGCACUAGGCAGGAACACAUGAAGAAACGUGAUGCUAAAAGGGAUGUUGCAGAACAAGCUAUGAUUUAUCUUCAACGCAAAUACCCAGAACAAUUGCAAAGAACUCAAAGAUACAUGGUUGAAGCUUUCAAGCCAGAAUAUAAACCCAGAUUAGAAAAUUAUGGAAAGGGAGUUCAACAAAUGGCUAGUGGAUUACAUUGGACAGAAAUGAUACCAAAUGUUAAAAAAUGGUAUGAUGAAAUGUUAAAACCAAAUUUUCCACCAUGUCCCCGUACUCUAUUACAUGAACUGGUUCAAAAAUAUGCCAAGGAUCAUGUUGCAAUGAUUGCUUUUGAGAUCCUUUAUGAAGAAAUAGAAUAUGAAGAAAAGAAGUUGAUUGAUAAAAUGGAUCUUGACUAUCAAAGGUUAAUUGGAAAUGUUAUUUUUAUGGAAGAUAGGAAAAAAUUUACACAACCUGAAUCAUAUAAAAAUGUAACUAAUGAUCUUGGAGUUCCAGUUGAAGAAGAGGUUCCAAAUGAUAAUAGUGAUGAUGAAGUAGAAAAAAUAACAUAUACAACAUCAAAAACACUAGCACAACUGUAUCCAUCAAUGUUCAGUGAGAGUGGUCAUAAUGAGACUAGUAAGCCUCCUGUCACCAUCACCAUUACUAAACCAACAGUUGAAAGAUCACAACAACGUUAUAAACCAUAUAAACCACCAGUUGAAAGAUCAGCAAUGCCACAACAACAUUAUGAGCUGCAUAAACCAAUAUUACAUGUAGACAAGACAUUCAUUUCAUUGAUACAUGAGCUAGCAGACAAGAGGCAUUGGAGAAGACCAGAAUAUGAUUAUCAUAGGUUGGCUGAUGGUGGCUGUUAUGCUACAUUAUCAGUAAACAAUUAUAUGUUCACUGGAGGGGUUUAUGCCACAAGACAUAGUGCAAAGGAGGAUGUGAGUCAACAGGCAUAUGAUAUAUUAAAGAAAUAA